CACUUCCGUGUCAGGGGAUUUCAGAAGCAGUCUGCCACUAGCGGCUCUCCACAACUGACUCCUGACUCCCCAACACCUCUCUCUCCUCGUCUUCCCACUUUCCCUGCAUCUCUCCCCCCUCUCUAGGUCAAUGGCCGAGGACAGGCGGUGCCGGAAUAAUGAGGAUGAUCUGCCUGUGUACCUGGCCAGGCCGGGCACGACUGCCCAGGUCCCGCGGCAGAAGUAUGGAGGCAUGUUCUGCUCGGUGGAAGGGGCGUACGAGAGCAAGACUUUGGAUUUCGAUGCGCUCAGCUUGGGCCGCAAGAGUUCGCGGAGCUCAAGGAGCGCCGGCCAGUACGGCUCGUCCAGGGACAGCGAGGCUUCCAGCGACACGGCCAGCGUCGCCAGCGAGAGCCCGGGGUCGGCCGACAACCCGGGAGUGCAAAUCAUCACCGCGGGCGGCAAGGAGAGGCUGCAGAACCGGGAUGACCCACAGAGUGACCGACUGCUGAUCAAAGGAAGCCGGAUCGUCAACGAUGACCAGUCCUUCUAUGCUGACCUUUACAUGGAAGAUGGCCUCAUCAAGCAAAUAGGUGACAAUCUGAUUGUCCCUGGAGGUGUGAAGAUCAUCGAGGCAAAUGGCAUGAUGUUAAUCCCUGGAGGGAUUGACGUACACACCCACUUCCAGAUGCCGUACAAAGGGACCACCACUGUGGAUGAUUUUGUUCAGGGAACAAAGGCCGCCCUGGCUGGUGGAACCACGAUGAUAAUUGACCAUGUGAUCCCGGACCCAGAGAGCAGCAUCAUAGCUGCGUAUGAGAAGUGGCGGGAGUGGGCGGACAGCAAGUCCUGCUGCGACUAUGCCCUUCAUGUGGACAUCACUCACUGGAACGAAGGGGUGAAAGAAGAAAUCCAGACCCUGAUCAAAGACAAAGGUGUGAAUUCCUUCCUUGUCUACAUGGCUUACAAAGAUUUAUAUCAAAUGUCAAAUGCUGAGCUCUAUGACAUCUGCAAGUACGUGGGCGACCUUGGAGCGAUCAUACAGGUCCACGCAGAGAAUGGAGACAUCAUUGCCCAGGAGCAAAAGCACGUGCUGGAAAUGGGGAUCACUGGCCCAGAGGGGCAUGUGCUCAGUCGACCAGAGGAGCUGGAAGCAGAAGCUGUGUUUCGUGCAAUCACCAUCGCUGGCCAGACCAACUGUCCCCUCUAUGUCACUAAAGUAAUGAGCAAGACUGCGGCAGACAUCAUCGCCCAAGCCAAGAAAAAAGGAAAUGUUGUGUUUGGAGAGCCUAUCAGCGCCAGCCUUGGCACAGAUGGCACACACUACUGGAGCAAAAACUGGGCUAAGGCUGCGGCAUUUGUCACGUCACCACCUCUCAGUCCAGAUCCCACCACCCCUGAUUACCUGAUCUCUCUCUUAUCAAGUGGUGACUUGCAAACAGUGGGAAGUGCCCAUUGCACAUUCAGCACGGCACAGAAGGCGAUCGGAAAGGAUGACUUCACCCAGAUUCCCGAGGGUACAAACGGAGUCGAGGAACGCAUGUCCAUUAUCUGGGACAAGGCAGUGGCAACUGGUAAAAUGGACGAGAACAUGUUUGUGGCUGUGACAAGCACCAAUGCUGCCAAGAUCUUCAACCUGUACCCAAGAAAAGGCAGAGUCGCAGUUGGGUCCGAUGCUGAUCUCAUAAUUUGGGAUCCGGAUACAAUGAGGACCGUGUCUGCCAAAACCCACCAGUCGGCUGCCGAGUACAAUAUCUUCGAAGGGACAGAUUUGUGCGGGGCUCCUGUUGUUGUCAUUAGCAUGGGGAAGAUCGUGCUGGAAGAUGGAAAUCUGCAUGUCACCCCAGGAAAUGGCCGCUUUGUCCCCUGCAAGCCCUUCUCAGACUACGUACACAAGCGUAUCAAGGCACGGAAACAGUUGGCACAGGUGCGUGGUGUACCCAGAGGAAUGUAUGAUGGUCCAGUGCACGACUUAGGCACCCCCAAAGCAGGAACCCCCUCAGCUUCAGCCAAGACAUCUCCUUCGAAACAGCCCCAACCAGUUCGAAAUCUACACCAGUCUGGCUUCAGCCUUUCCGGAAGAACUUCUGAUGGUUUAACAAAAUCUAAUGCAGGAGCUCAAGUGGAUGACGGGCCUCGCCGCAGUGGUCACCGCAUCGUCGUGCCUCCCGGCGGCCGUUCAAACAUCACCUCGCUCAGCUGAAGUCUGCGGCAGGAAAGGGGGAGAGAGACAGAGAAAGAGAGAGAGAGGAGAGAGAAAGGGGAAUGGGAGGGGUGGGUGGGGAAGAAAGAAAUCAUGCCAUAACGAUGACACGUUGCAAAAAAAAUAAAUCAAAAAGCAAAUUGUUAGUCCUACUUAAAAAAUAAAUUGUUACUUUGAAUUGAAUAUUGACAGUGCCUCAAGCCUUAUUGAUGAGAAAGCUACUUUGCCAUUGCUUUAAUAAAGUCUUGUUGUUUUAUUAUUUAGCCUUAAGUCAUCGGAGUUUAACUGUUGAUAGUAAGGAUGCAAAGAUUACAGUUGCCUAUUAAUUGAUUUCAACAGCAAAUUAAACCCUGCCAUUGCUACUUGUUCCAACAAUUCCAGGGCCUCUGCUUUUCUCGACUUCCAUUCCAAACUUCUUGUUUGCAGAGGUUCCAACAGAUGAUGAUCAGGUCUGUUUUAUCCCGUUGCCUUAUCGUGUAACACUGCCAAUCUGGAAAUGAAUAUUCCACUUCCUUUUAUAUCUGUAGUGAGAUGCCCGUCAGAAUAGGCUUCAGGUCAGGUCCAAUAACAAGCCCAUGUUUUACAUGUUACCUUUAUGAUCCUUUUGCUUAAUUUAAGGGAAACCAUUGUUGGUCUACUUUUAGCACCCUUCUUCAGAUGGUUCCUAAUUUAUUGGAAGUGUUAUAUUUCUCAUCGUGCUGACAAAAAUUUGUUUCUGUGCACUUUGAUCGCAAGUAUCAGCUUUGUCAAGGAAUCUUAUUUACUGGUUUCCAGGUCAAUAGACUUUGGUGCAAACCAAAGAUGUGAAUCCAACCUCUGCUGAAGCCAUUCUGUCAGUGCUGGCUCCUUGUAAGAGAGAGGGAGAGAGAGAGAUUGCUGGUUGUUUUUUCUUUAGGGAAUUAGCUAAAUUUAAUUGGAAUUAGUGAUAUUUUGACAGUACAGUGCUCCACGCUAACUUCUCAAAUCCACCGUGAAUUCCUUCUUAGCAAGCCAGAGAUUGCUGGAUAGCAAUGAUGUCAACAUCCACCACAUCUGAUAAAUUGGACAAGAGACGAGUCAUUCACCAUGAAAUACCAAUGUUUAACUUGUUCAAUAGCGCGAUUCAUCAUUUCAAAUGUUCCUUUUACUGUUGAUUGGAAAUGACAGGGCCAUCACAUUUCUCCACGGGGAGACAAGAGGGAAAGCAAAUAAGAUCCACCGCAUGGGUUCUCGAUGGAAUUCAAUAGCCGUCAGAAAGAGUUUGUAAAUUAAUGUUUUGCAAAUGAAUAGAUUGAUUCAAAACUUGUUUCUACAGUUGGUCUGCCCAAGUUGAUUCAAUUUAGUCAGCUUCUAAGCAGUCCCGAAUUAGAAUCUUAUUUUUCUGCUGAGAUAUUUGUAUCAACUGCUGAAGAUCCGGUAUACCAAUGAUGUGAUCGAACUUAAAGCGGGGGAAUAAUCCAACACACAUCACUGCUUGUUUGCUGUCCACUGAUGCCAAUGUAAAACCAUGUGUGGUAAAUGAGACUCGGAUUGGAAAUGACUGUGAGGACUUUUGCAGUGGGAUAGUCUGGCAGCUCCCUGUACUCUUGCACGUUCAAUUAAUAGUGGGGAGGGUCCAAUUAGUGAGAAGAAGCUUGAAUGUUCCUGAUGUCUGAACAUCCCAGAUAGUUAAAAACAAAUUUGUGAUUUUUUUUCACCUAUGCUUUUCUGUACUUUAUGAGUUCCACAUAACUGUAAUCAGUGCAUCCUGUUUAGGAAGAGUAGCCUUUGAUCUGUAUUCACUUCAAAUCUUGUGCAUGCUGACGAAUCCUCCAGGAGUCGGCUUGACAAGUCAUACAUUGCAUACUUCAAAGACCUAAAGUGCUUUUACACUUUAAUUUUGCUGCUUGCCUGUGUGUUCGUAUGAACACACACACACACACACACACACACACUGACACUCCCUCUCCACUCCAUGCAACUUAGAACCAUGAGGUAUUUUAUCAACACAUUACAACAUCAUGACCUAUUUAGAAAGGAUUCUGUAUCAAUGUUAAUGGAUAUAUGUUAUCCAGCCUUCAAGCAGCUUGUUCUUUUGAACACCCCCCAGAUUAUUUCCCUUGGUGUGUAGGGAUAUUCAUCACAUGACUUGAGGGCCCUGAAUAAAUCCUUCCCAUACCUACUGUUUGUUGGGGUUCCUGCUUUAUAGUCGAACAUAUAGGAAGCUUCAUUAUAAGCAACUGGGAGAAAUUGUGUAAAAAGCUGCAUCUUUUCCAUCCCCAAAUACACAUCGAGGAAUUUUGGUUGAGUAGGUGUGCUCCCUUUAGUCAGAUCCAAGCCAAUUCUGAUCGUGCAAUUUUCCACGAAAAAGUCAUGCAAAAAUACAUCUAAGGCUGCUCCUCCAGUACCCUCCCUUGCUUUGGAUAAAGCAUCGUAGCAACUAUCCCCAGUAAGACUUUCUUCUUAUUUACGACUGGCCUAUUGACUGACGCCUUUCCCUAAUACGAUUUCAUAAGAUCUGAGAAAUAUUCCAACCAAAAUGUAUUGUCCAUCUGAUGGUGACUAAUUGAAAACACACUUAGAUAAAGAGCCCAUUUUUUAAUUUCAGGAAACAAGUGAAUUAAAAUUAUUUUAAGGGUUAAUAAGAUUGCACCAUGGGUAGUGUACUAAAACAGCACAUCAUGGAUCUCUGCAAUGGUAGGGACCAAUGAAAUGUGAUUACGUUUUACUUAAACAUUUUCUGGAGAGCUGGGUGCUAUGAGAAGAUACAAAUUAAUAGGACACCAUAAAAUGUACUUUAUUUGACUUUAAAAUGACUGCCUAUUCCCACCAUUUUAUCUCGUUUUGAUGCUCAUUAAUUAAAGAGGGCGAUCUCAUCACCAGAUAUUUAUUCAUUGUUACCUUCAAGUAUCUAAUGCUCUGCUUUAAAAAAAAAUUCCUAUUAAUAAGAAAUGCAUUAUUUCACAGUUUACUAUUAGACAACAGAGUGAUACGAGGCUGCUUUUUGAGUCUGUGUUUUGGGAUGUACUGCUCAUAUUAGCAGGCACAGAGUUUUUUUUAACCAAAAAAAGAAGGUUAAAUUCUGCCGUUAAUGAGGUUUGAACAGCUGAUGACUUUUAAUUGCCAUUUUCUUCCAAAAUCUUGUUUAAAAAAGGUGUAAGGACAACAUUACCAAGGUGGUUGAUGUUUAGAAUUCUUGUAUUUAUGUUUGUACAUGCCUUGGACUAAUAAAUUUAUGCAAAUAUGGCUUCACAAAGA